GGAAUUGAGAGAUGAAUCACACGCGCAACUGCAUAAAGAAGGUUUUUAAAGAGCUUGCAUGGAAUAAUAUAUUCUCCCUGAUUCUCUCAUCUGGACACAUCGAGUCGCUGUGAGAGGGUUUUUUCUUCAUAAAUUUAUCUUCCAUACCAGAACAAAAGAUUUACCAGAAAGUUAUUUCAAUAUGCGUGAGUGUAUUUCCGUUCAUGUUGGUCAAGCCGGGGUGCAGAUGGGCAAUGCCUGUUGGGAGCUGUACUGUUUAGAACAUGGUAUCCAGCCUGAUGGUCAAAUGCCGUCGGAUAAAACUAUUGGUAGUGGAGACGAUUCUUAUAAUACCUUCUUCAAUGAAACUGGUGCUGGUAAACAUGUACCUAGAGCUAUAUUUGUUGACUUGGAACCAACAGUUGUUGAUGAGGUAAGGCGUGGUCAGUACAGACAGUUAUUCCACCCGGAGCAAUUAAUAACAGGCAAAGAAGAUGCCGCUAAUAACUAUGCUCGUGGUCACUAUACCAUUGGCAAGGAAAUUGUAGACCUUGUUCUUGAUAGAAUCAGAAAGUUGGCGGACCAAUGCACGGGACUACAGGGUUUUCUUGUGUUCCAUAGUUUUGGGGGUGGAACCGGUUCUGGUUUCACAUCUCUUUUAAUGGAACGUUUAUCAGUAGAUUAUGGUAAAAAGUCCAAAUUGGAAUUUGCGGUUUACCCAGCACCACAAGUCUCAACAGCCGUUGUGGAACCAUAUAAUUCCAUCCUUACAACUCACACCACACUCGAGCACUCUGAUUGUGCAUUCAUGGUUGAUAAUGAAGCUAUCUAUGAUAUUUGUCGACGCAAUUUAGACAUUGAACGUCCAUCUUAUACAAACCUAAACCGACUGAUUGGACAGAUUGUAAGUUCCAUCACAGCUUCUCUCAGAUUUGAUGGUGCUCUCAAUGUCGAUCUCACAGAAUUCCAAACCAAUUUAGUCCCUUAUCCGCGUAUUCAUUUUCCACUGGCAACUUAUGCUCCCGUAAUUUCAGCUGAAAAGGCUUACCAUGAACAGUUAUCAGUUGCUGAAAUCACAAACGCUUGUUUCGAACCAUGCAACCAGAUGGUGAAGUGUGACCCCCGUCAUGGUAAAUAUAUGGCUUGCUGUAUGCUUUAUAGGGGUGACGUUGUACCGAAAGAUGUCAAUGCUGCCAUUGCAACAAUCAAAACCAAGAGAUCCAUACAAUUUGUCGAUUGGUGUCCAACUGGAUUUAAGGUGGGCAUCAACUACCAACCACCAACUGUUGUUCCUGGGGGCGAUUUGGCCAAAGUUCAAAGAGCAGUCUGCAUGUUAAGCAACACUACGGCUAUUGCUGAAGCUUGGGCCCGGUUGGACCACAAAUUCGACUUGAUGUAUGCCAAGAGAGCCUUCGUCCACUGGUAUGUCGGGGAAGGUAUGGAAGAGGGGGAAUUCUCGGAAGCCCGGGAAGAUUUAGCUGCUUUAGAAAAGGAUUAUGAAGAAGUUGGUGUUGAUAAUGCCGAUAACGAGGAAGAAGAAGAGGGAGAAGAAUAUUAAUUUAUUAUUUCUGAAAAUGUUGAUCACUGCCAUUUCACUUUAAUUGUUUAUCAUUACUUGCUUUAUGUCUAUGUCUUCCAAUAAUAGUACAUUAUGCAGCUUUGUGGGUGUGUCUAGGCCCAUCCUGUAAAUCUAUAUAAAAUAACAAAUUUAAAGCCGAUUUAUAAAGACAUGAUUUAACAAAAUGGUAAAUCAAUCCGUAUACUCGUUUAUUUUCAGCUUUUUAUGUGAAUGUGAGCCCUGUAGGGACCAAUACAAAGCGUGUGCUUUAAUCGGAUUAGUGAUAACUACGCAACUUUUUGCUGCCUUAUUUUGUAAUAUGUGAUGUAAGUCCGAUUACGCUCUGCAAUCUGUCUGCUCAGAAUAAUUUAUACAAAUAAAAUAUGAUGGAAAUA